UGAUGUCCAGUGUGUCUGGAUGGAAGGGGAAGAUUUGGGGCAGGGGCAGGUAGGAGUCGAGACUCGGGCAGAAAAGUCUCAGGGUCUGUUUUUGUGCCGAAUACAAAGAGUGAUCAGUUGCUAGUUAGCUGGUAAAAAGUUAGAUAAAAGAAAUCGCUUUAUUUGUAUUUUUGGUGCCUAGGAAGAGUUCAGAAACACGUGUUUUUUUUUCUCGUGGAGAGAAAACUGGAAAGCUGCAGGAGGUCUGGAUUGCCUACUAGCCAAGUUUCGUGGAAGUUUGCAGAGUGGAGCUGCACAGUUCCAAUUCUUUUGGUUCUUAUCUGUUCCUUCAUUUCUCCCUCCCACACUCUGAUUUGGUCUACACCCCCCCUUUUUUUUCCUUUUCCUCUCUGUUUUCAUCCCUUUUCCUCCUGAACCAUGUGUGAUAACGUGGACCCUGAGGACAAGCCACCGGCCCCACCUGUGAGGAUGAGUAGCACGAUCUUCAGUGGUGACGGGAAAGACUACACGCUGCUGGCCAAUCACAGCUCCAAGCCCUUACCGUCCGUGCCCGAAGAGAGGAAACCUCGCAGCAAAAUCAUCUCCAUCUUCUCAGGGGCUGAGAAAGGUGGAAGACGGAAAGACAGGGAUAGGGAGCGGCCGGAAAUCUCUUCUCCCUCAGGUUUCGAGCACACCAUCCAUGUAGGCUUUGAUGCAGUGACUGGGGAGUUCACGGGAAUGCCAGAACAGUGGGCACGGCUACUGCAGACCUCCAACAUCACCAAGUCCGAACAGAAGAAAAACCCUCAAGCUGUGCUAGAUGUCCUCAAGUUCUACGACUCCACAGGAAACACAGGCAGGCAGAAGUACCUCAGCUUCUCUUCUGAGAAGGAUGGAUUUCCUUCAGCUGAUCAUUCGCCUGUUAAAAAGGGCACAGAGCAGCAGUCACCGAACAUCAAGAAUGUUGAUGACGAUGAAGAUGAUGACGAGGAGGCACCUCCACCUGUUGUUGCACCGCGGCCAGAACACACCAAGGGGGCGAACACUCGGUCAGUUCUUGAUCCCAUCCCUGCACUGGUCACUACAGAUGGGGAUGUUGCAUCGAAAGCUGCAGACAAACAGAGACCCAAGAAGGGCAAGAUGUCUGACGAGGAAAUUAUGGACAAAUUGAGAACCAUAGUCAGUAUUGGAGAUCCUAAAAAGAAGUACACACGAUACGAGAAGAUUGGACAGGGAGCUUCGGGGACAGUGUUCACGGCUAUUGAUGUUGCUACUGGACAGGAGGUGGCUAUCAAGCAGAUUAACCUACAAAAGCAACCCAAGAAGGAGUUAAUUAUCAAUGAAAUUCUUGUUAUGAAGGAACUGAAGAACCCUAACAUUGUGAACUUCUUAGACAGUUUCCUAGUUGGGGAAGAGCUCUUCGUGGUGAUGGAGUACCUGGCUGGUGGCUCACUGACAGACGUAGUGACAGAAACCUGUAUGGAUGAAGCUCAGAUCGCUGCUGUUUGCAGAGAGUGUUUACAAGCACUAGAAUUCCUCCACGCCAACCAGGUCAUCCAUCGAGACAUCAAGAGUGACAACGUUCUCCUGGGAAUGGACGGCUCUGUUAAACUGACGGACUUUGGUUUCUGUGCCCAGAUCACACCUGAGCAGAGCAAGAGGAGCACAAUGGUGGGCACACCAUACUGGAUGGCCCCUGAAGUUGUUACCCGCAAAGCUUAUGGCCCCAAAGUGGACAUCUGGUCUCUUGGCAUCAUGGCUAUUGAGAUGGUUGAAGGAGAGCCACCAUACCUUAAUGAAAAUCCACUGAGGGCACUUUAUCUUAUUGCUACUAAUGGAACACCAGAGUUGCAGAGUCCCGAGAAACUGUCGCCCAUCUUUCGGGAUUUCUUAGCUCGCUGCCUGGAAAUGGAUGUAGAAAAAAGAGGCAGCAGUAAAGACCUUUUACAGCAUCCUUUCCUGAAGUUGGCAAAGCCUCUGUCCAGUCUGACGCCGCUCAUUCUGGCUGCCAAGGACGCCAUGAAGAACAACCGUUAGCAUCUCAUCUAGAUGAAACAUGCUGAGAAAGCAAGCAUGUUAAAUGGACUCUGACCCCUGUGCCACGUCUCGUAGCGCUGUGCCACCUGGCCAGCUAGUAUUGCCAAAACAUUUCUACAAGCAGAAACUGUUGGGACUCCACUUGUGUGUAGGGGAAUGGAGGGAGGGUUAUCUUAAAUGUCUUCUCUCCACAACUGUAUUACUGUAGUCUUUUUCCAGUGUUUUAUUCUACACAGUAUGUCAUCAGUUUAGUUUUUUCAUGUCCUUUCCUCCAUCUUGUGACUAUUACCGGUAUGUGCAGGAGAUCUACGUCCUUAAGGGGAAAGUAUUUAAAGUGUCCUUUUUUUUAUAGACCGGGUAAUGAUCUAAAAAAAAACCAACUUGCCCACUUUGUUCCUAAUUUUCUUAAAAAUGUAGCUGGGAUGAGUAAAACCAGGAUUAUCAGUGGAAAGUUGUUUUUUUUUUUUUUUUGUCAUUUCCUCGUCAAGCAUGAAGUAAUAAUGGACCAGUUUCUGGAACUUUAUAACAUGUCAACAAAUUUCGUAUGUUGUGUACUUGAAAGAACUAUUAUAACUGGGCCACCAAGAAUUUUAGACUACAUGUUUGUAUAAAUAAGUGUUUUUGUAGUAACUAACAUUUAUCAUAAGAUGACAGCUGUAAAGUUAUUAAAUGCCAGAAUUGAUAUUUUUACAGCUCAUGCAAAUUCAA